UUAUUGGAGGGAUAAUAUACAAGGGCGACUCAAAACUGCUUCAGUUUGCAUGUAGGCUUGAGAGACAGGUGCAUGUCAGACAGACAGGUGUGAUGAGUGCAUUCAGGUGUGUGUGUGAGCUGCUGUGUCUGUGUGUGAUUGUGUGUGUGGGUCUGAACCUGUUGGAUGAAGCUGUGGUGUUCAGCGGACCAUCAGGAAGUUUGUUUGGAUUCUCUGUGGACUUUCACACCUUCAAUAACACGUCUUACGUUGUGAUUGGAGCUCCCAAAGCCAACACCACCCAGUCAGGAGUGAUGGAGGGAGGGGGAGUGUUUCUCUGCCCCUGGUCACCUGGAGGCAGGGCCUGUGACAUUAUCAACUUUGACUUGGAAGGUGACGAGAACUACAGCAGCUCUGAGCUCUUCUUUUACACGUUUAAGAGUCACCAGUGGUUUGGAGCUUCAGUUCGAUCUGUCAGCAACACACACUUACUGGCGUGUGCUCCACUUUAUCACUGGAAUGUUCAGAGGGGAAGGAUGGAGUCAGGGAAAACACCUGUGGGAAACUGCCUCCUCUUGGACCAAAGGGCAGGACGCUCCACUUCCUUCUCCCCCUGCAGAGGAAUUAUGAUGGAGGACGAUUACAAACGCAUGCACAACAGAAACGACCAGCGCUACUGUGAGGUUGGCUUCAGCGUUGACGUUACCAAGGAGGGACGGCUGUUGUUGGGUGCUCCAGGAAGCUUUUAUUUCCAGGGUCAGGUCAUCACAGUGGGGGUGAGUGACAUCAUCAACAGUGGGCGAAGUAAUGAUGCUAUCCAUUAUGUAGUUGGCAUCAGCCAAACAGAUGAGAGGGGAGAUUAUGACCUUUACCGCGGUUACUCUGUGGCCAGUGGUCUGCUGACCGGAGACUCCACACCAGAUUAUCUUGUUGGUGUUCCAAAUGACAGAAACACAGCAGGAACAGUGAAGAUCUACGACGGCAGGAGCAGUGGCUCACUCAUUGUCUACCACAGCUUCCAGGGAACUCAGGUGGCGUCAUAUUUUGGACACAGUGUGGCUGUAGCUGACAUCAACAGCGACGGGUUAGAUGACGUGUUGAUUGGAGCUCCUCUCUUCAUGGGCAGAGUGAUGGAGCAGCUGCAGGAGAGAGGACAGGUGGUUUUGUACCUGCAGAGAAGACACGCCUCUUUCUCCUCCCGUCCUGACCAAUCACUGAUCGGCUUUUCUCCGUAUGGUCGGUUUGGCUCGAGCAUCGCUGUGCUGGGUGACCUGGACAUGGACGGUUACCACGAUGUUGCUGUUGGUGCUCCCUGGUCAGGUGACAGUGGUCAGGGCCAGGUAUUUAUUUACCUUGGCAACAGUAACGGUCUGUCAGCCACUCCCUCCCAGGUGAUUGGCAGCCCAGUGCCCACCAGCAGAAUGGCUUUCGGCUUUACUCUGAGAGGCGGGACAGACGUAGACGGGAAUGGAUACCCAGAUCUGCUGAUUGGCGCAUGGGCUGCAGACCAAGCUUUUGUUUACAGAUCCAGAACAGUGAUUCGGUCCCUAGUUUCUGUCUCUCUGCUGCCAGACUUCCUGAAUCCAGAGGUGAAGCUGUGUCAUCGGGAAAACACACCUGUGUCCUGUUUUGUUGUGCAGAUGUGUGUCCAUGUGUCUGGUCACAGAAUCCCACAGGAGACAGCAUUGUCGCUGGAGCUACAGAUGGACAGGCUGAAACAGCCAAUGGCAAGGCGGACUCUGCUGUUGUCAAGCAGUCAGUCACAGGAUAUGAUGAAGCUGAUGGUUCAGAGGGAGGAGGGCGUGGCCUGUGUCAAUCAGACUGCCUUCCUGAGGUCUGAGGAGGAUGUUCGUGAUAAGUUGAGUCCGAUCUUCAUCGCUGUCAAUGUCAGCCUCCUCAACUCUACCCAGCAUGCUUUGCUGUACGGACAGACACAUGCUAGUGCGCAAACCAGGAUUAUUCUCGACUGUGGUGAUGACAACAUCUGUGUUCCUGACCUGAAACUGAGAGCUGAGCCCCUGUCAGACAGUGUGUUGGUCGGUGAGGAUCAGUCAGUGAUGUUGUCAGUGUCAGCAGAGAAUGAUGGCGAGGGGGCGUAUGAGACCGAGCUGGUGGUCCAAAUUCCUGAACACACACACUUCCAGAGCAGCCAGGGUGUUAAGAGACUGGUGUGUGUUCAGAAGAAAGAGAAUCAGACUGUCGUUGUAGUCUGUGAUCUUGGAAACCCCCUGAGACAAGGACAUACACUGCAGGCAGGUCUUCUGUUCAGUGUCAGCCACCUGGAAGAGGUCGAGAGUCACAUCACCUUCAACCUCAGAAUCAGGAGUAAGAACUCAGUGAACCCCAACAGUAAUGAGGUCAUGGUGGAGGUUCUGGUGAAAGCAGAGGCAACGCUGGAGAUCAGAGGAGGCUCCUCCCCUCCAGAGGUGGUCAUGCCCCUCCCUGACUGGCAGCCUGCAGUGCAUCCUGGGAGUUUGAAGGACCUGGGGCCACUGGUGGAACAUGUUUACGAGUUGAGGAACCAGGGUCCCAGUGCGGUCAAUGCCCGGCUGACAGUGGACUUCCCUUCCACCUGGCGACAUCACUUCUUGCUCUAUGUUUUCUCCACUGCCCCUGAAGAAUCACUGAUCUGCAGAACCCUGAACGCAUCGCAGAUAGACCCAUUCAAGCUGCUUGCUAAUUCCUCCAGUGUUCCUGUACUUUCUCAGUUGAUCCAGCAGGAGACAAACUUACAACGUCAAACUGUUCAUGUGAACUGCAGCAGCAGUGAGACAGGGUGUGUCAGGAUUGUGUGUGAUGCCAUGACGUUGGGGCGGGGCUCCAGUGCCGUCGUCCGAAUUUCAGCCAGACUGUGGACACACACAGUCGCACAGACUCCCUACCUGAACUUUGACCUUGUGUCCUCUGCCUCUUAUGAUGUCAUCAACUCAUCAUCAAAGGUUCAACCAGUACUGCUGCCAAGUGGAUACACACAGACUCAGCUCAGUGUGUUGUGGCGUCCUCCUGAUGGAGAGAAAGAUAUUCCUAUUGGCUACGUUGUCCUGUCAAUAAUCUCUGGACUCCUCCUCCUGAGCAUGCUCUGUAUCAUCUUCUGGAAGUUGGGUUUCUUUAAGCGUACUCGCCCCCCCACCGAUGAUGACGAUGAAGAUGGAGAGCAGCAGCUGGCUGAGGACAGUCACAUGACUCAAUAGGACACUCACACACACACUCAGACUCACACACUCACAAAAACUCACACAGACUCACACACACACAUUCACAAACACACACACACUCACUUACACACACAC